AAAAUUCCAUGGCAGCAGGUCAACAAGAGCAGUUCACAGUGAGAGAGAGAGAGAGAUGCUUGGAUAUUGCCGACCGUGGUGUUUGAAUUAUGCCGCUCCUCUUGGAACCCUAACCCUAAAACCAAAUCUCAUCCCUAACCCUAACCCUAACCCUAGAAUUACAAGAAAUGGGCGUCAAUAUCAAAGCUCAAGCGGCAGCGCUGCAGUGAAAAGCCCCAGCCUUGUGGAGCUGGAGUAUGCCGACCUCAACCUCAAGGAAAAGUACGGAAGCUCUCAGUUGGGUCAUGUGCGCAUCCGGCAACAUGUCAACCCUCUCAGCUCUUCAUUCUCGAAACCUGUACCGGCGCCGGACUGGAAGGAAGUGUUUGAGGACUGCACUUUGCCUCUCAUGGUGGAUAUUGGAUGUGGUAGUGGCAGAUUCCUCAUUUGGUUAGCAAAAAAUUCCAGCGAGUCAAUGAACUAUUUGGGACUAGAAAUUCGACAGAAGUUAGUUCAGCGUGCACAGUUCUGGGUCAAAGACCUAGCUCUAAGAAACAUACAUUUCAUGUCUGCAAAUGCCACUAUAUCUUUUGAACACUUGGUCUCAUCUUACCCAGGACCUUUAACAUUUGUUUCUAUACUGUGUCCAGACCCCCACUUCAAGAAGCGUCAUCAUAAGAGAAGAGUUUUGCAAAAGCCAUUAGUGGAUUCUAUCUCGAAAAUUUUGAGGACAGGAGGCCAGGUUUUUAUGCAAUCAGAUGUGGAGGAAGUGGCAAUUGACAUGAGAACUCAAUUUGAUUCACUCUCUGACGUUUUCAAGCAUAUCGAUGUUGUGAACCAAAACUUCUUUUGCGAUGAAGAGGGUUGGCUGUUACAAAAUCCAAUGAAUAUACGCACUGAAAGAGAGAUACAUGCAGAGUUAGAAGGUUCAAGAAUUUACAGGCGUAUGUACGUGAAACAAAGUCAUUAACUUUCAUCUAAGGUGCUUGUGUACAAUUUUGGUGGAUUUUUUGG